AUGGUGACGACCCGCAGUGGCGCCAGCUCCGCACCGCACGAGGCUGGCGGGGGCCCCGGGGCCGGUAAGCUGCUGAUUAAGGCCCUGGUCACAGGUGGCGCGGGCUUCCUUGGUCGCCACGUAGUCCGGAAGCUUUUAGAUAGCGGCCGGUACGAGGUGCACGUAUUUGACGUCCGCACACUGGAUGAACCUCGGCCGCACUCCUCCCGUGUGGGCGACCUGCGCAAGCCUGAGGAUGUGGCGGCAGCCGUGGAGGGCAUGGACGUUGUAUUCCACAUAGCGACGGCAGCCCCCACGGGUGAAAAUGCGCUCAAUAUUGCGCUUAUGAACGGCGUCAACGUGGACGGCACACGCCACCUGCUGGACGCAUGCGUGGCGGCGGGCGUGCCAAAGGUUGUGUACACCAGUUCUGCUUCCGUGGUAUUUGAUGGGAAGCCGCUGUAUAUGGUGGACGAGUCGACGCCCUAUGCUAAGCGACCUAUGGACCACUAUACGCGCACCAAAAUCCAGGGUGAGCAGAUGGUGCUAGAGUACAAUGGCCGGGAGCUUUCCGGGACUGCGUUGUGCAGCGGCAAUGAAGCUCCGACCAAGCUCUCGACCGUGGCGCUGCGGCCUAGUGGCAUUUUUGGCGAGGGCGACGCCGUGUUCGUGCCGACGCUGGUGCGCAACGCGCGCGCCGGCAAGAUGAAGUACGUGCUGGGCUCAGGUGCCAACCAGUGCGACUUCACGUAUGCUGGCAAUGUGGCGCAUGCGCACCUGCUAGCUGCGGAGGCGCUGUCACCGGCAUCCCUGAUUGCGGGCAAGGCAUACUUCAUUACCAACAACGAGCCGAAGCCAUUCUGGGGAAUGAUGGGCGACGUGUGUGAGGGCCUGGGCUAUGGCCGGCCUCGCAUCCACCUCCCCUUCAUGUUGGUGUUUGUGCUGGCCAUGAUUUUUGAAUAUGUUGUACGGCCGUUGGUGCGGCUGCUGGGCAAAGAGCUGCGCAGCGACUUCACGGUCAAUCGCAUCUUGAUUGCUACCACCAACCGUACCUUUAGCACCGCGCAGGCACGUAAGGAUUUUGGGUACGCGCCCACGAUCAAGCUCUCGGACGCGAUCGCGAAGACGCUAGCUUCGUUCCAGGAACUCAGGGCAGAUCAUACGCAGCAGCAGCAACAGCAGGUGGGCAGCAGCGGCGCGGGCGUGAAGAAGGCGGAUUGA